GUCCUCGUGACCUGGGCGUUUCGUCGGUUUCUCGGGUAAGGGGCACCAGUGAAAUUUACGUCAAGGAGGUCCCUCUCUGCCCUCGUACAAGAGAAUUUUACCCGUGGCUUUUGCUUUCGUGAGCGGCAUUGAGCUGUGCCAGCUCAAGACCCGACCUGUCUCCAGAGGGGAACAUGGAGGUGGAAGUGAUGGCUCCAGGGCUGCUGCCAACCUGGUCACAGGACCCAGUGACCUUCCAGGAAGUGGCAGUGGACUUCUCCCAGGAGGAGUGGGCCCUGCUGGCCCCUGCUCAGAAAAUCCUGCACCGAGACGUGAUGCUGGAGAACUACAGGAACCUGGCCUCCGUGGGGUAUCACCUCCGCAAGCCCAGCCUGCUCACUCCGGAGGACCUGAGGGCCAAGAAGGGGAGAGUUCUCCAAGACACCUGUGCAGACCAGACUUCUCAACUUAAAACCCAGGAGACCACUGCAAAGCAGAAUAAAGUUCGGGGAAAACCAUUUCCUGGAAGGAAGGGGGCACCACCUCAACCCAGAGAGAAACCCCAUGAAUACAAUCUGCGUAGAAAAGCCAUCCCAAGGAAUCCUGACCUGAUUUUGCCCAAGACAAAUUACACAGGAGCGAAAGGCAGUGAAUGUAAAGAAUGUGGGAAAGCAUGUAGUUGUCCUUCAUCCCUUGGGGCCCUCGUGCGAUCUCAUGCUGGCGCGAAAUCCUACGAAUGUUCUCAGUGUGGGAAAGCCUUUAGUCGCAACUCAUCCCUUAUGACACAUGAGCAAACUCAUGCUGGAGAGACACAGUAUAAAUGUAGCCAGUGUGGGAAAUCCUUCAGAUCCAACUUGAGCCUCACGGAACACAAGAGGACACACACUUGGGAGAAACCAUAUGAAUGCAGUGACUGUGGAAAGGCCUUCCUCAGGACCAGUAACCUGACUGUACAUAGGAGAGUGCACACCGGGGAGAAGGUCCAUCUGUGCAGUGACUGCGGCAAAACCUUCAGCAGGAAGUCCCGUCUGACGAUGCACAUGAGAACCCACACUGGGGAGAAGCUUCACCAAGUCCGUGACUGUGGAAAAGCCUUCAGUAGGAGCUGUAAGCCGACUGCCCACAAGAGGGCACCUACCAGGGAGAAGAUGUAGCCGUACGAAGACUGUGGGAGAACUUCCCAGGAGUCACCCAGCACGUAGGAAGCAUGUGGGAACUCACAGGGAAGACAAGUCCCAGGAGUAGAGACACAGGAAAGCCUCAUCUGUCUGACAUGAGACCAACUCUGUGACCUCUGCAUUGUAGGAGGCCUCCUGCUGGGGCUUAAAGCUGCUGCACCAGGAAACUCGGAGUGGCAAAGAAGACAUUAAGAAUGUAGGAUUGCUUUUAUCAGGGUUCUACCCUGAAGGUGGAAAUCUAGCUCCUUAAUUUUCAGUCGGCAUUUUUGAAUAUAAGCAUUUAAGGCCAUAGAUUUCCCUCUAAGUACGCCAUUAGGCUGCAUUACAUGGGUUAAGAUUUUUAAGGUUUUUAAGGUUUUAGUUUAGUUCUAAAUAUUGUCUGAUAUCUGUUAGAUGUAUUUUAACUUACAGAGUCAGCUUUACUGUUGAAGGCUUUCAAAACACGACUUCAUGUGGAUUUCAAUGUCUGUCUUUGUUUGGUGGGACGCCCUGUGGUUCCUCAGGAUGUGGUCUCCCUUGCUGGCAACAAACUGGUAAACCUGACUCUGUCAGACUGUUAGGUUUUGUCCCUGGUUGUCCUUGGCUGAUUGUGUUGGGGCUUAAUUUAAAAUUUUCUUUCAGUCAGGGUAACUGGGGAUUGAACCCAGGACUCGUGCAUGUGAGGCACGCGCUCUCCCGCCGAGCUGCACCCUCCCCCUGGCUCAUUGUGUUGGGACAACAACGUGUAGUCAUAAGUACGUUCUACUCUCUCAUCUUCUAAAAUAUCUGUCUAAGAAUAUCUUCUAAAAUACUUUCCUAUCCAUUGUUGAUUUUUAUAUGUGGUGUCAGGAGGGCCCCGACUUAAUUGUUUCCCUGGCAGAUAACCAAUUUUCCUAGAACUCUGAUCAGACAGCCAGGUCCCAUAAGUUGCUUGUGUGCAUGUUUUUGUGUUUCUGGGCCUUCCAUUCAGUAAUCCUGCGUCAACACAGCACCAUCUUUAAUACUUAUAUGCCUUAUUUUCUUUUUAGUACCCGAGAGGCACGUUCCUACAACUUGUUCUUCUUCAAGCGUGACUUGUCUCUUCUGUGCCUUUUAUUUCUCCGUAUUGGUUUAACAAUAAGCUUGCAGAGUUCCACAAAAAAAAAAAAUCAUUGUAGUAUCAUGUCUAGAAUCGCAUUGCAUCAGUUUCGGUAGAGUCAACAUCUUUGUCAUUAAAUCUUUCAGGCUGUGAGCUCAGUACCUGCAUUGAUUGAGGCAUUCUUUAAUGUCUUUCUGUAAAGUUUUAUGUAUUUUUCUGUGGAGGUCUGGCACAUAUCAGAUGUCUUCCUAGGCACUUCAUUUUUUUCAUAAUUUUAAAAAAGUAUCCUGAAUGCUAAUAUAUUAAAAAUAUAUUUUUCCUUGUAGACAUAUAUUUCUGAUGUUUUUGAGUGCUGGAGAUAAUGUAUAUUAAAAAUUCUACUAAAUUUUGUUGAACAUUUCCAAAUAGAUUCAUAAACAUAGUACUUUCCUUUUCAAUGGGUAGCACUUUGAAAAGACAGGCUACAAUGAGGCAACAUAAUGAAUCAACAUUAAUUCAAAAUCUUUACAUCUUUAAUCACAUAAUUUAUGUUCAAAGUCAGUAGAUGAACUCCAUGAAAUGGAAGUCUGCUGAUUGUGAAUCAAAGAUUUUAUCAUUAAAUAUAUCUGUUCUUUUUUUUCUUCUUCUUCUUUAUUUUUUUUAAUGGAGGUACUGGGGAUUGAACCCAGGACCUCCUGCAUUGCUCUACCACUGAGCUAU